AGAGUAAAAUGUGACAGGAAGAAGCCAUGCAACAACUGUGUGCGCCGCGGCGAACAUGCCAACUGCAUCUAUGCAGCCCACCCCCCGGCUGCCGGUCAUCGCCGAUCGGAUCUCAAUCGGCUCAAUUUGCCUGGCGCCUUGGCCCAUGAUAAUGACAUUACCUCGCCUUCUGACACAGCUUCCAUCGGCUGCAUCCAUGUUAAUGGGAAUGAAACACAUUAUGUCGGAGGCGAGCAUUGGGCGGUGAUUGCUGACAAUCAAUCGUCCCCAUGGCCUGACCUCCUUCUCGGAUUGCGCGAGUGCUCCACGACCAGAGAUCUGUUAGCGUCCGUUCCACCCAAAGCUGAAGUCGAUAGGUUAAUCUCAAGGUACUUCAACUCAUUAGAUUUGGCGGCAUGGAUCAGCCACGGCCCCACGUUUCAGGAAGACUAUGAGCGGUUCUGGAACGGUCCAACUACAGUCAGUCUAAACUGGCUCAGCAUCCUGUUCAGUAUGAUGUGCUUGGCCACCGAUAUCCUGCUACAGUCCGGCGAAAUGCUGCCCUCGAACGGGGCGAGCGCGCAAGAAUCCGUCAUCUUGUUUCGCAAAAGUAGUGCGCAAUGUCUGAUUUUAGGCGACUAUACCAAGCCAACAGCGUACACGGUGGAUGCACUUCUAUUGUAUUUCUACUGCGAACUCUUACGAUUUCAGGAUACACAUUUUGGAUUGGAUGUGGUCCUUGCGACAAUUGUCCGAGUCGCAAUGAGAAUGGGCUAUCACCGCGACCCCUCCCAUUACCCAGCCAUCUCAAUUUUUGAAGGUGAAAUGAGACGGCGGGUAUGGGCCCUUCUUAUUCAGCUCGACAUUCUCGUGUCGCUUCAGUUUGGGCUCCCAAGAAUGAUCAACGAGCGGGAUUCCGACACCCGGGCACCGCGCAACAUCCCCACCGAGGAGAUGUCUCCAGAUAUGACCGCACUGCCGCCAUCGCGACCAGAAUCCGGCGCUGCAGUCUCAUCUUACAUGCGAUCACGGACGACGUUAGUCUCGAUUCUGGGGUUGAUCCAUAGCCAUGUCACGUCGGUGCACCCACUGUCGUACGAGACGGUAAUCCAGCUCCAUGAGAUGUUGAAUGAGCAACACGAGGCCCUCCCGAUCGGCCUGAAGGUGCGCGAAUGCGCACCAGUGACAGACUCGGCCGCGGUGGUGAUGAGGCGUCUAUCAUUGGACCUGUUGUUUCAAAAGUCUCGCUGCGUGCUGCAUCGGCGGUAUAUGAGACCCCAAAAUCGCCUGUCAUGGGAGACCUGCAUUGACGCUGCACUUAUGAUCAUUCGUCAUCAGUCGUACGUAUAUCGUGAAACCCAGUCUGGCGGAUUGUUGAGUGGCCAUCUGUGGAAGAUCACAUAUUUAGCGACGUAUGACUUCCUCCUCGCCAGUAUGCUUCUCUGUCUCGGGCUUCACUGGGGAGUCAAUGCAGAGUCAGACGGGGUGCCAGCCAUAGGUCUGCACUCAAACGGAGGACGAUACUCCGCCCUACUCAGCGCUUUGGAAGAUUCAUACACUAUCUGGGCGGAGUGGUGCACUGAUAGAAACGGGUCUAAGCGAGUACUGGAGAUUGUGAAACUUAUGCUAGACCGAGUGAAAAGGGACGGUUCAUUAUCAUCAUUUGGGGAACACUCCAAGCAAAGCACCGCCACUGCCAAGCAAGGGAGUGGCUUGGGUAUGUUACUGUCUCGUGGGAACUUACGAAAUUGA